GAUGGCUACAGGUGAGAACCAAACCAAAGAACCAACAGGAUCGAUAACAGCCACCGGUGACUGGAUGUCCAAUCUACCAAAGGGACUUCAGAACAUUCCACUGUGGAAACUGACCAUACCAGGCAGCCAUGACUCCAUGAGUUAUGAUUUGGACAUCAACUCCUCAAUAAUAGAACCUGAUAUUCUGAAACAUAUUGGCCUCCGUAGUGUCCACAAAAUAGUGAAAGAAUGGGCAACCACUCAGGAGGUGAACAUCAUUCAACAACUGGAUGCUGGGGUUCGUUUCUUGGACCUGAGGAUCGCUCGCAAGAAAGAUGACUCUGACCCCACCAGGGUGUACUUUUACCACGGCCUGUACACCGUCACUGAUGUUAGGUCUGUUCUGAAGGACAUAAAUGGAUGGGCAGUGGCACACCCCACAGAGAUCCUCAUCCUGGCUUUGUCUCACUUUGAAAACUUUGACAACAGUCUUCACGACGGUCUAAUCAGCUCCAUCAAGAAGAUAUUUGGACGCAAACUUGUCCAAAAAAUGCCACAACAGAAGCUGACCCUGAAACGCUGCUGGGACGACAAGACAAAUGUCAUGGUCACAUAUGGGGAUCGGGCAGAGGUUCAGAAACAUCCUGAGCUGUGGUCGAACAUCACCUACUACUACGGUGAUACUAUGGACCCUGAAGUGUUGAAGAAUAAAGUCUAUGAGGAUCUGACCAAUGCAACCACUGACUAUUUCUUCAUCUGUGGCUUGAACUUGACUCUACCAGAUAGUCUUACUGCACUUAAAUAUGUCGCGGAAUAUAACAGCCUUCGCCAGUACUCACUGAAAUAUCUGAAACAGCUGGUGGUUUGGGCGGCAGGUGUCCAACAGGCCCAUAAAAGACGCCUGAACAUCGUAGCGUCAGACUUUGUGACUCAGGACAACUUUGUCUCAACAAUCAUCCAACUAAAUACUAUCUAAACUAAAUGGACUCACUCAAGUACAAGUAGGGUAGUACAAAUAUCACAGACCUGUACUUUACUUGAGUAUUUCCAUCUUAAGUUACAUUACUAUUAAAUAAGCGAUUUUACACAAUAUAUAAUGCAAGCUUCUAAAAUGUAACAUUUUGCUUAAGAUUAAAUCAGUUGUUUCCAACCUUUUUGACUCUUGACAUCCAACCUAAA